GGCAAAUAAAUGUAUUAAGGACUGACAAGAAAAUUUAAUUAUGCAUUGAGGAUUUUUGAGGAAUUACUCGAAAAUAAAAUGUUUUAAAAUCAAUUGCUUUCACACAUUUGACUAGGCAUCUUCUCACCAACCAAACUUUCCAAUUCAUUAAUUUACCGUAUUUACCCCCACUUACCCCCACCUACCAACCCUCCGCCACACGCUCUUUACACACUCUUCAACUUCUUUGGCCCUUAAAAACGAGUUUUUCCUUUUUCGUAAUUCUUGUUUUUCGUCUUCUCCACUGAUGGCUACAGUUUUCACUCUGGCUGAGGUUUCUGAGCAUAACACCAGCAAGGACUGUUGGCUUGUCAUUUCUGGCAAGGUGUAUGACGUUACUAAAUUCUUAGAGGAUCAUCCUGGUGGUGAUGAAGUUUUGGUGUCCUCAACUGGAAAAGAUGCUACAGAUGAUUUUGAGGAUGUGGGCCACAGCGCGACUGCAAAAGCGAUGAUGGAAGAGUUUUACAUUGGCGAAAUCAAUACAUCGACUAUACCGACUCAGACAAAGUACAGUCCCCCAAAGCAGCCUCAUUACAAUCAGGACAAGACAUCAGAGUUCAUAUUCAAACUCCUCCAAUUCUUGCUGCCUUUGCUCAUCCUCGGUGUGUCUGUCGGGAUCCAUUUCUACACCAAAUCGUCCACUUGAAAAGAAGACUCGCGUUUGAAUAAUAAAUUUUCUCAUUGAGAUAUAAGCUGUUUUCUUUUUUGCUUCAAUCUUCUUGCCAAGCUAUCAAACUCUUCGUUUACUUUCUCAAUCAUUCUUAUUCUGAAUACUUGGUUUUAACUUUUAAUGGAUAAGUUUCUUUUUUUCUUCUUGAUUUUGCAAUUCUUUUAGUAUCUUUGAUGUCUUGCUAGGCUUGAUCUG